UUGGGAAACCAGCUGCUGCCGCCGCCGCCGCUUCAGCAGAGCCCGGACACGAGCGAGUGAGGCUGAGCGGUCCGCGCGCCGCCGCCAUGGGGAGCCGCGUGUCCCGAGAGGAGUUCGAGUGGGUCUAUACGGACCAGCCGCACACCGACCGGCGCCGGGAGAUCCUGGCAAAGUAUCCAGAGAUAAAAUCCUUGAUGAAGCCUGACCCCAACCUGAUCUGGAUCAUAACCGCGAUGCUUCUCGUCCAGCUGAUUUCACUUUACCUAGUGAAAGACUUGGACUGGAAAUGGGUCCUAUUUUGGUCCUAUGUCUUUGGCAGCUGCCUUAACCACUCAAUGACUCUGGCUAUCCAUGAGAUUUCCCACAAUUUCCCCUUUGGCCACCACAAGGCGGUAUGGAACCGCUGGUUUGGAAUAUUUGCUAACCUCCCUAUUGGAGUUCCAUAUUCAGUUUCCUUUAAGAGAUACCACAUGGACCAUCAUCGAUACCUCGGAGCUGAUGGCAUCGAUGUGGAUGUUCCUACCGAUUUUGAGGGCUGGUUCUUCUGCACCACCUUCAGGAAGCUUGUCUGGGUUAUCCUUCAGCCUCUCUUUUAUGCUUUUAGACCCCUGUUCAUCAAUCCCAAACCAAUUACUUCUCUGGAAAUCAUCAAUACCGUGACCCAGAUCAUUUUUGACACUGUAGUUUACUAUGUUUUUGGAAUUAAAUCUCUAGUCUACAUGUUGGCAGCAACCCUGCUUGGCCUAGGUUUGCACCCAAUUUCUGGGCAUUUUAUAGCCGAACAUUACAUGUUCUUAAAGGGACACGAAACAUACUCAUAUUAUGGGCCUCUGAAUCUGCUGACCUUCAAUGUGGGCUAUCAUAAUGAACACCAUGACUUCCCCAACGUUCCUGGAAAAAACCUGCCCCUGGUGAGGAAAAUAGCAGCUGAGUACUACGAUAAACUUCCCCAGUACAACUCCUGGAUCAAAGUACUGUAUGAUUUUGUGACGGAUGACACCCUGAGUCCCUACUCACGGAUGAAGAGACCUCCAAAAGGGACUGAGAAUCUGGAGUAAAUAUCACAGCCAAAGGAAUUCCUCUCCAAAGCUUCAUAAUAGCUGAUAAAGUGGAAUUUUUAUCUUGUUAGCUUAAGAUCAGUGAUGCUCAGAAGCUGCACUGGCAUAUUUUAAAACUAGGAUCUCUGUGGUAUCAGAGGCUACUCAGCCUGAGACAGCUGGUCUUGGCUCGCUCGCCUGGACUCAUGCACUGUGUCACUGUUACUAAGGGUGUGUCCACCUGCGUCUGUCAUACUGUAAGCGUAUCAUAAAAAGCCUAUUAUGUUAUUUUUCACUAUAGAAUUUUACUUUAUUAAAACAACUAAUAAACCAAACUGUUAAUCACAGUA